AUGGAUUCACUCUCUGUGGAAGAACUUUCUUGUCCCGUGUGCUGUGAAAUCUACAAGAAUCCUGUUGUUCUGUCGUGUAGUCACAGUGUGUGUAAAGAGUGUCUUCAACAGUUCUGGAAAACCAAGAGAACUCAGGAGUGUCCCGUCUGCAGGAGAAGAUCUUCAAAAGAUGAACCUCCUCGUAAUCUGGCAUUGAAGAACUUAUGUGAGAUGUUUGUGAAGGAGAGAAAUGAGGAGGAGAUCUGCAGUUUACACAGAGAGAAACUCAAACUCUUCUGUCUGGACGAUAAACAGCCGGUGUGUUUAGUGUGCAAAGAUUCACAAAAACAUACCAAUCAUACAUUUCUCCCCAUCAGUGAAGUUAUUCCAUCUUACAAGGAGGAACUUAAUACAGCACUGAAGUCUUUACAAGAGAAACUCAAACACACAGUAAAGAAAAAAGGAGAGUUUGAUAAAUCAGUUGGACACAUCAAGACUCAAGCUGAGCACACAGAGCGUCAGAUUAAAGAGCAGUUUAAGAAGCUUCAUGAGUUUCUCCGACAUGAAGAAGAAGCUACAAUCACUGAACUGAGAGAGGAAGAGGAGCAGAAGAGUCAGAUGAUGAAGAAGAAGCUUGAGGAGAUGAACACACACAUCUCAGCUCUUUCACACACAAUCAAAGACAUGGAGGAAAUGAUGAAAGCCAAUGACGAUGUCUCAUUUCUAAAGAACUUUAAUGUGACAAUGGAAAGAGUCCAGAUCUCACAGCCGGAUCCACAGAUGACUUCUGGAGCUUUCAUUCAUGUGCCACAUUACUUGGGCAACCUGACAUUCAGAGUCUGGAAGAAGAUGCAAGACAUUGUCCACAAGACUCCUGUGAUUCUGGAUCCAAACACUGCAAGUCCAAAUCUGAUUCUGUCUGAUGAUCUGACCAGUGUGAGAUACAGUUAUAACAGUCAAAUAUUACCUGAUAAUCCAGAGAGAAUUAACUAUUAUCCGUGUGUUCUGGGUUCAGAGGGGUUUAACUCAGGAACACACUGCUGGGAUGUGGAGGUUAAAGACAAUAAAGACUGGAGUCUUGGAGUAACUACAGCAUCAAACAAGAGGAAGGGACUUGAUUUCUUCAAAACUGAUGUCUGGAGUGUGGGGAACACAGGGUUUUCCUCCACUGUGUUUAAUGUCACACAGAAUCUUGAGCGUGUGAGAGUUCAUCUGGAUUAUGACGGAGGAAAAGUGUCAUUCUCUGAUCCUGUAACUAACACACAUCUACACACAUUCACACACACAUUUACACACACACUCUUGCCAUUCUUCUGGAGUUAUGAUGAUGUCACUCCUCUGAGGAUUUUACCAGUAAAAUGUUUGUAACAACAGAAAAUCUCAGUUAAAUCAGGGGCUGGAUUCACAAAAAUGUUCUUAAAAAAAAUUUAAGAAAGUUCUCAGGAUAAAUAAUAAGAAGUUCGUAAGAACGUUCCUGAGUGCAAAUCUUGACAACUUCAGAAGAAGUUCUCAAAUAUUCUCUUAAGAAUAAAGAGUGGCUUUGACAUUGUCUAAUAGACUACAACAAAUAUAAUAUUUCAACACUGUUAAAUCAUCUAUUAAACGUUCUUUUUUAAAUUAGGAAGCGCCUUGUGAUUUUGAAUAUAAAGUGCAUGAGAUGUGUAAUAUAAUAUAUUUAAUGUAAACAUGAGCAGCAUAAAAAAAUACAUUAUUAACAAUAUAAGUGUAACCAGUCCUACUCAACCCACUCAAACUGGGGUCUCCUGCAUGGGAGGCAGGCUCUAACAUUAGUCCAGCUACCAGCCAGCUGGCUACCUUUGCACAAGCAAGACUAGUGUCUUCUGAUGUUUAUCCGGUUGUUGCUAUGCUUUUGCUAAGGUGUUCUCUUUAUUUUUUUAGAACUUUGCCAUGCAGUUGUUUUCUUUGUGGUUGCUUUCUGGUCCAAAUGAAAAGAGUCCAAGUAUCUAUUGUGGGCACUACUGUCACGUUCCUGUGUUGUCUGCCACAUGUUUUCUGUUUCACAUGCCACUUUUCACGUUCCAUGUCACGUUUUCCUUGUUGUCCGCCCCGUGUUUCACUGUCUGUGUAUAAACUACAUUUCCCAUGGUUCCCGGCCCUCAUCACCACUGCCACAGCGUUAUUGUCCGCACCUGAAUAUCGUUUGUCAUCAUCAUGUCUCCGCUGUAUUUAACCUCGUUUGUUUCUCCAUUCCCCUAUCGGUCUUUGAUGUAUGUGGACGCCUGUUUUCCGUGCUCUCUGUUUUGGUUUAUUCCCCGGUUACCCCUUCUGCAAGCCUUCCGUGUUUUGUUAACCCGUUGUAUGCCUUCCGUGUUUUGUUUUACCUUUUCCCAUCGUGGAUGUUUACUUUGUUCGUGUUUUUUCGUGUUGCCUUUUGAGUUAAUAAAGUAUCGCUGCAAUUAGAUCCUCGUCCCGUGUCUGCCUUCACCCUCAACUGUGACAGAAAGACCGACCAAUAAUGGAUCUAGCAGUGGUUUUCACCACACUGGCCCCGGCAAAUCUGACCGUUCGCGAGUACUCACGUCUCUUCUCCACGGUCGCCAUCCACACCGGGUUCGACGACGCUGCCCUGAAGACUAUCUACCGGGUCGGAUUACCAGCUGAGGGAAGCGCCGGAACCCGGAGACCACACGUGGAGGGAGUACGUGAGUCUCGCUCUGAAGAAACUCGCGGCCGACGAACCACCCCUCGUGAUUCCGGCUUUCGAGCCUGAGCCCAUGCCUGCCCUGAUCGAUGAGCCAGCGCUGCCAACUUCGUCCGCCCGGAGGAGGAGGAGAAGAAAGGCUUCCGCUCUCCAGCUCACGCCGGCCACGAUCAGCGAGCCAGCACCUGCGCCUGCCACGGUCAGCGAGUCAGCACCCACACCUGCCACGGUCAGCGAGCCAGCACCCACGCCUGCCACGGUCAACGAGCCAGCGCCAGUAGCCUUGACCGUCCAAGAGCCAGCGCCAGUAGCCAUGACCGUCCAAGAGCCAGCGCCAGCAGCCAUGACCGUCCAAGAGCCAGCGCCAGUAGCCAUGACCGUCCAAGGGCCAGCGCCAGUAGCCAUGACCGACCAAGGGCCAGCGCCAGUAGCCAUGACCGUUCCAGAGCCAGCGCCAGCAGCCAUGACCGUCCAAGGACCAGCGCCAGUAGCCAUGACCGUCCAAGAGCCAGCGCCCCUCGAGCCUUCUAGGGCUCCGCCUCCCGAGCCUCCCAGGGCUCCGCCUCCCAAGUCUCUCGAGUCUUCCAGGGCUCCUCCUCCCGAGCCUCCCAGGGCUCCGCCUCCCAAGUCUCUCGAGUCUUCCAGGGCUCCUCCUCCCGAGCCUCCCAGGGCUCCGCCUCUCAAGUCUCUCGAGCCUCCCAGGGCUCCGCCUCCCAAGUCUCUCGAGUCUUCCAGGGCUCCCGAGCCUCCCAGGGGCUACAUAUGAUGUUUAAUUGUGUUUGUGGACUAUUUCAGCCAUUUAUUUUGUUGCAUUUUUUUCCAAAUCAAUUAUUAUACACAUACAUCUUUACUUUAAC